UUCUCAUUUGCGUUGCAUGUCGUUUUCAUUUCUGUAUUUUGCAUAAUCCAAAUUCAAAUCAUAAUAAUAAUACUUCUACAUGCAGACAUUGCAUUAAUGUUUAUGGUAACAAAUCCUUAGUAGCAACCUUGUGAUUGAUAUUGAUUUAAUUAGUCUAAUCUCUCAGGUUUUGAUUUGCCAUGUGUAUUGAAUCAUCAUCGUGUUCAACUUUUCAUUAUUUGUUCCUAAUUUUUUAUGCUUCUGCUGCUGCUAUUUUAAUUAGCAUUUGAUUCUCCCAUAUCAAUGGUAGUGGAGACUCUAGUUCCUCUUCUUGAGGGCGACAUGCGAGGCGUGAAUGAAGGUCAUUCAGCUCCGCUUUGCAGUGGGAAUCUCAAAACACGGUCUUCCUCAAGAGAUAACAUGCAGGGUGCGGAACUCUGGACUAAUGGACUUAUUUGUGCUUUUGAAUUCGUGAGGGGAAGGGGACCUACCAAGAACAAGGGGUUUCAAGGCAAUCAAAGUGGAAACAUUUUGCAUGAAUCAGAUGGAGAUGAUUUGGGUGACCAGGAUCACCAGCCAGCGCCACCUCAUUUCUAUUGCAAAGAGGGUCUUCCAAGGAGUUAUUGGAGGCCAAUUGGUUGGGAUAGAAUUUCGGAACUUGUCCAGGAAAUGCAUGAUAAUGAUACAAAGCCGUUUGAUUUCAAAGAUGAUGAGAGUGAUGUUCCUGUUGCAAUUGUAGCAACUCCUUACUGGGAAUGGCCGGUGGGGCCCACUUGGUGGUGUCAUUUGGAUGCUGCUGAUCCAUUUGUUACUGCAUGGUUUGGUAGUUCUCGCUGGUUGCAUCCCGCUAUCAGCAUUGCUUUGCAAGAAGAAAGUAGGUUAAUAAGUGAUCGAAUGAAACACCUUCUGUAUGAGGUACCAGUUCGAGUUGCUGGAGGAUUAUUAUUUGAACUUCUAGGGCAGUCUGCUGGUGAUCCGUUAGCUGAGGAAGACGACAUUCCCAUUGUCUUACGGGCAUGGCAGGCACAAAACUUUUUGGUGACUGCUUUGCAUGUUAAGGGCUCAGCAUCAAAGAUCAACGUGUUAGGUAUUUUAGAAGUUCAGGAACUGCUGGCUGCUGGAGGUGCUAACAUACCACGCAGCAUUCACGAUGUUGUAGCACACCUAGCUUGUCGACUUGCCAGAUGGGAUGAUAGGUUGUUUCGUAAACACAUCUUUGGGGCUGCCGAUGAAGUUGAAUUGAUGUUUAUGAACAGGAGGAACCAUGAAGAUUUGCAUCUGUUCACUAUAAUACUGAACCAAGAAAUUACAAGAUUAUCGACCCAGGUUAUAAGAGUGAAAUGGGCACUCCAUGCAAGAGAGGAAAUUGUUUUUGAACUUCUUCAACAGUUGAGAGGAAAUGCAACAAGAGCGUUGCUGGAAGGAGUAAUGAAUGGUACGAGGGAAAUGAUUGAGGAGCAAGAAGCUGUUCGAGAUCGCUUAUUCACAAUCCAAGAUGUCAUGCAAAGCACAGUCCGGGCAUGGUUGCAGGACAGAAGCCUCGCAGUUACCCAUAAUCUGGGAAUAUUUGGGGGUUGUGGCCUUGUUCUGUCCAUCAUCACCGGACUAUUUGGCAUAAAUGUGGAUGGAAUACCUGGAUCUUCAGGAAAUCCUUAUGCCUUUCUUCUAUUCUCCGUGGCCCUCUUUGUGCUAGGGGUCGUGCUAAUUGGAAUUGGAUUGCUUUAUCUUGGGCUGAAAAAACCCAUCAUUGAAGAAAAUGUUGCACUGAGAAAACUAGAGCUUCAAGAGCUAGUCAGGAUGUUUGAACAUGAAGCAGAAAGUCAUGCGCAAGUACGAAAAACGCUGCCUCACAAAGAUGUUCCUCGAACUGCAUCAGUUAGGCAACGAAAGGGUGCAAAAUAUCGUCUCAUGAUGUCAAAGUUGUUCGGUCUCUAGAUUGUUGUAUAGCUAUUUCAUGGUUCAAGAUUUACUCCUACGGAUGAUGUAUCAUGUUAUGUCUUUGUAAAAAAAACAAAAAACAAAAAACAAAAACAAAAACAAAACUUUCCUUAGUCGAUUUGACGAGAAAUAAUUUAUCUCUUGAAAUCUUUGGGUAAUAAUUUUUUGGUUGUUAGAUGAAAAUGAUUACAAAUGAAUCUAUAAUUAUCCUUUUCGUUUUUUAAUAUUAACAAUGAUUUUAUCACUGAAGGAAAUAUACUGUAUUACCUGUACACCUAAUCUGUUUUAUCAUUAUAAUAUCAUGCACAUUUA